GCAACGGUCAUACUUAUUCGCUAGCUUCCAUUUGUUUACAUAUUUUCAUUUGUGUUUAUUUUGAAAAUAUCAAAAUGUCGCAGUUCGACACGCGACUUAUUGAGCUGGUUAGGGCUAAUCCCAAGCUUUAUGAGCGCGAACUUAGAAACGCACCCUACGAAGCGCAUAAGAAGCGACAUCCGGAAAUCUGGAGCAGCAUCGCCACUUCAUUAAAUUCAGAAGCUAGUGCCUGUGUCAGUCGUUGGAAUCAUCUGGUGGCCAAACAGCGUCGGGAGCUGGCCAAAGAAAAGGCCGGAGGCACUGGCUCCGAUUGGAGUCUUCUGCCGCAUUUGAAAUUCCUGCAGCAUCACCACCAUCCGAUUAAUCACCGAAAUUCGGGUGAUCUGAGUAGGAGCACACUGAAAUCCAGCGACGAGGUCAACGAUGAUGAGGAUCCGCUCCAGGAGGCCAUGGAUGAGCAGCUGGCCGUUGCGGGAGCUGCACCAGCACCACCCACAAAUCCUGCCCAUGCAACGCCAGUGGCUCAAGCAGAAAAGAGGAUAGAAGCCCUGCUUGAAGGACUGGGCGAAGCAAACCGAAUUAAGGCGGAGAAACGCAUUCUGGCCUACCUAUGCAAAUGCAAUCUGCGCGCCCUGAACGACGAGCAAAUCGAUGAUAUAGUUAUUUAGGAAGAUUGCCAAGAUGAUAUAGUUAUAAAGGAAGAUUGCCAUGAUGAUAAGUUAAAUACAUACAUGCCGUGAUAGGAUAUCAAAAGUAGCAAACAUCACUGAUCAUAUAAUUGUUUAAUAAUUAAGUCAUUUUUGUUAUAGUUUAUAUAUCUGGACAAUUAUCUUAAGCGAAUACUAAAUAACUUCUUUUUCCAAAUGUAUGCUUCCCUAAAAAAUAUUGUUAAUCCAUUCAUUUAACCUAAUCUUCGCAUCUAAUGAAGUUUACUAUACAAACUAACUAUUGCAUUGUAUGAUAUGAUAAAACAUUAACACGCCUGUGAUU